AUGCUCAUCUCGACCCUGCUCACGGCCCUUUGCGCCGUUCGAGCCGUCAAUGCUCUCGCCCAGGAAUCUACCAUCGCUUUCCACGGCGGAAAGGACUCGGUCAGACUUGGUGGGAAAGGCACCUCUGGUGUGAUACUGCUAGACAGUGAUGACUGGCCUGGGGUCAUUAGAGCUGCUGGUGAUCUCGCUGCGGAUUUCGGUCGCGUCACUGGGACGAACCUGACACGGCACUUGCUCAAUGACAAGACCUCGAACUCAUAUCAUGCGAAAACAGCUAUUAUAGCCGGCACAAUUGGACACUCGAAGCUUCUCGAUUCCCUCAUCCAGAGUGGCAAGAUUGACGUCAAUUCAACGGAGGGGAAGUGGGAGGCAUUCCAGACGGAGAUUGUUAAGAACCCCAUCGACGGCGUUGCAAACGCUCUGGUCAUCGCGGGAAGCGAUAAGCGUGGUGCGAUCUACGGACUUUAUGAUAUUUCCGAACAGAUUGGUGUCUCGCCGUGGUACUGGUUUGCUGAUUCCGCCCCGGCGCAACACCCGCAAAUCUACGCGUUGAAGAAGAAGAAGAUCCAGGGCCCUCCGUCUGUCAAGUAUCGUGGUAUCUUCAUCAACGACGAACAGCCGGCUAUCACGAACUGGAUCAAUGCGAACUACCCCGAGGCAAAGUACGGCCCGGGGUUCAAUGCAGACUUCUAUUCCCAUGUCUUCGAGCUCCUCCUUCGUCUCCGUGCCAACUACCUUUGGCCCGCAUCGUGGAAUAACAUAUUUCACCUGGACGACCCCCGAAACUCGCCUACUGCAGAUGAGUAUGGUAUUGUUAUGGGCACUAGCCAUACCGAGCCGAUGAUGCGCUGGACGAAGGAACAGGGCCUCUUGUUGAACGGCGAUUGGAACUGGGAUACAAAUCGGGAGAAUGUUACUGUAUUCUUCAGAGAAGGGGCUGAGCGGACCAAGAAUUUUGAGAGUCUCUACACGCUGGGCAUGCGUGGGCUCGGAGAUGUCGCCUCGCCAACGAUCACUGCCAAAUCUCUCGGCGAUAUUGUCAACACCCAGCAGCAGGUCUUGUCAGAUGUGUUUAAUGUGUCGGACGUUUCAUCGAUUCCUCAGAUGUGGUGCCUGUACAAGGAAGUCGGUGGCUAUUUCCAGGACGGCCUGCGUGUUCCGGACGAUAUCACCCUCCUUUGGUCCGACGACAACUGGGGCAAUAUCCAGCGAUUGCCUGUGGAUAACGAGACAAGCCGCGAGGCUGGCGCUGGUGUCUACUACCAUUUCGACUACGUCGGUGAUCCCCGUGACUAUAAAUGGAUCAACACCAUCUCUCUCCAGAAGACAUGGGAACAGAUGCAUCUGGCAUACGAACGCGACGCGCGACAGAUUUGGAUCGUCAACAUGGGAGAUCUCAAGGGACUGGUGAGAGUGCUGAGCUGUUUGGAUGGAGUUACGUUCAGCCUGAUCAACUACAACGAAGCGGACAAUGUUCUGCAGGAGUGGGCAGACCUUGUGAAGGACGCCCAGAAGGUUUAUGACAGUCUUCGGCCGGCCGCUCGCCCUGCAUUCUUUGAGAUGGUUUUGCACCCCUGUAUGGCCGGGUAUGUCGUGACUGACAUCCACAUCACCGCUGGCAAGAACAAUCUGUACGCAGGACAGCGACGGACCAGUGCCAAUGCCCUCGCGCAGAAAGCUCUGGAGCUUUUCAAAGAGGACCACGAGCUGACCCAACGGUAUCAUAAUCUCUUGGACGGGAAAUGGACGCAUAUUAUGGACCAGACUCAUCUCGGAUAUGACUACUGGCAACAACCAAUGAGAAACACUCUGCCUCCUUUGGCAUACACUCAACUCCUUGAAGAGAGUCUUGCUGGAAACAUGGGCGUGUCCGUUGAAGGUAGCAAUGCAUCGGUGCCUGGAGAUGACCGGUGGCAUUCCUUGUCCAGCAACACGCUGACUCUGCCGCCAAUUGAUCCUUACGGACCAGACAGAUGGAUUGAGGUAUAUUCGCGUGGCACGGAAGGAUUCCAGUUUACGGUCAGCCCUCAUGAUUCUUGGGUCAAAGCGACACCCUCCUCGGGCAUGAUCUCGCCUUCUGGGGCCAACACGGACAUUCGAGUACAGCUGUCUGUUGAUUGGGACAAAGCACCCGCGGGCUCCAGCAUGGCGCUUAUCAAUGUGACGGUGGCUUCUGAUGACUAUGGCAACUUUCAAAUGCCUACCGUCCAGCUUCCAGUGAACAAGACGUCGGCGCCGGCCUCAUUCCACGGGUUCGUUGAGUCGGACGGUACCGUUAGCAUCGAAGCAGAGCACACGUCCCGCAACACGUCGGCAGGAAACACAUCCUACGCCGUGGUUCCUGGAUAUGGCCGUACCCUUUCUGGGGUGACAUUGCUUCCGGCCCUGGCGGAAACCCAACAGCCGCCUUCGUCUCCCCGACUGGAGUACGAUAUGUACAUCUUCUCGAACGUUACAACGGCAAAAACUACUGUCUACCUCGGGCCGUCCCUCAACACGAACCCAUCCCGUCCAUUGAAAUAUGCGAUUGCUUUCAACGACGCCGAGCCUAAGAUUGUACAGUUUGUGCCCUCUACGCCGCUGGGCACUCUUCCGUCCAACUGGGCCCAGACCGUCAGCAACGCCGUGUGGACAAACACAACCAGCCAUGAGAUAUCUGGUGGAGGCAAUAAGAACACGCUGAAGCUGUGGGCUGUCGAGCCGGGUGUUGUCUUCCAGAAGGUGGUCGUCGACUUGGGUGGUGUGCGGGACAGCUACCUGGGGCCUCCGGAGAGCCAGAUUAACCUCCUCCGGAGUCGCGCCCCGCUGCUCCGCUAUCAGCAGAAGCGCUGGGCACAGGUGCACGACGUGCGCUUCCUCGCCACGCACCACGACCCCAAUCAAGUCCUGGACCGCUACCGCUCCAAACUGCACCAGAAAGCCAAAGAAGAAGGCCACGAAUCCGUCGAGUCCCUCAAAGAAGCCUACAAGGACAAGAUCUCCGAAUUCCGCCGCAAAGCCACCACCCCCAUCACCCCGGAGCCGUCCUCGCCCGCACCUUCACAACCGCAGGGCACCACGCCCCCUCCGCCCCCGAAACCACAAGCCGACGCCUUCACCCCGCAGGCCCGCGCGGCCGCCGCCAUCCCCGAGUCCUCCUCCACCGGCAUCAAGCCGCUGAGCGCCUACCUCGACGUCGAGAAGAUCCUCUCCCUCCCGCCCAAGGAAAUCGAGGCCCUCUGGCGCCUCCGCCACGCAAACAGCGCCACCUCCAUCUGUGCCGCCAUCCCCGUCGACACCUACCAGCGCAUCGCCGACGCCGCCCGCCAAAACCCGCAGUUCAUCCUGCCGCUGCCGCGCCAGCAACAGCAACAACAGCCCGAGGGUGACGGCGCCGCCGCGGCCGCCGCCGACGCAGACGCCGGCACAGGCGCUGACAUCCACUUCCUGCAGUGGGCGUUCCACCCGGCCGCGCCGACGGUGACGAGCGGCCCGCUGGCGACGUCGCACACGUCCACGAUCAUCUUCACGAACCUGGCCGCUUACAAGCUGCACGGCGCGUUUGCGCAGCCGCACACCGUCAUCACGCACCACCUCGACCUCGCCGAUGAGAAGGGCCUCGUCCUCAUGCAUGGCCAGGUCAUGCCGGACGCCGGGGUGUCGACGUCGGAGGCGACGUGGUUGGUGAGCUGUGUGCAGCGGUUUUAUGACUUUGGGGGGCAGGCGAGUGGCCGCAAGGGCGAGCUGCUUCGCAUGUUUACCCGCGGUGAUGUCGAGGGGUUCAAGAUUGAGGAUUUGAUGGCUGAGGCGGAGAAGUUGUAG